GAACGUGUCUUCGGCGCGGAAAAUGUAAGCAUUAAGACGUUUCAGCAAAACUGGUCAGUUGAUGUCUCGACGAAGAGCGAAGAUCGCCGGGUCGAAGCUGCGAGGAUUAAUCCGUUAGACUUUUGUAAUUGCUCGUUGCAACCUAUUGGGAGAAACCCAUUAAUAUCAAAUACAAAGCAGAUAACAAACAGUGCGCGCAGCAUAUAUUAGUGAUAAAUAGACAUAAAAGAUGUAGUAUACAGCAUUUUAAAAUAAAAAAUAAUAAUAUAAAAAAUCAAUAAAACAAUAAUGCAAUAAUAAAGUGAAGGCAGACAGUUCGAAAUCGCAUAGAUUUUCAUCUGAAUUUUAAAUCCGUUGAUUAAUGAAGCGGUGCGUAAACUUGACCGGUUAUCACCAGUUCGACGACUGCUAAACGACCAAGGUGCAUGAGUUUCACGAUGGCCAAGGUUCCUAUUUUGAUUGCGUUGCUGUCGCAGCUACUUUGCAUGCUGCUACAAGUACUCGGGCAACAAUCUCCAUGUCCUGAAUACUUCAUGUAUAUAAGCGAUCCUGCGACGAACGAAGUGAUGGCUCAGAUCCAAAUCCCAUCCCCGCCAAAAAACGUCGAACUUCAUCUGAAAGUGGCGUUAAGCAUCGCCGUUGGUUUGUCGACGAACUAUGUCGGUCAAUUGGAAUUGGCGCAAUCGAAAGAGGAAUCCGUUCGAACAGUUCAACAGGGUAGACCUUUGUUGUAUCAUCUUCAUUUUCCCUUACGUCAACCGUUGCCAUUAUUGACCGGAUUAUGGUUUAACCAUCAACAAUAUUGUUCAGGUUCUCGCGCGACUGGCCAAAUCGUGACUUCCAUUGAGCUGGAGCACACUUUGUAUCCGCCAAAUGUGUUGCCGCUUUCGCACAGUUCCGUUAGUUCGCCGCAGAAUUUGAACACGUUUGAAAAUAUCUUUUUGCCGUCUUCACAAAACACGCGACCGCCCAUGUACACCAUGUCACCUCCUCUGCAACGACCCGUUGCCGCUCAACGUCCUUCGAAUCAGCCCGUUAUCAUUCUACGUCCGCCGAAUCGACCCGUUAUCACUCAACCUCCGAUAAAGAAACCCACCACUGCAAGUCCGACAAUUGUCAGCCUCUCUGACGGGAUCGCCAACAAUAUAUUUCUAAAUCCACAUAAACAACAAAGCAAUAAUAAUCAGAAUAAUAACAAUAACAAUCAAAAUAAUAAUAACAAUAACAAUCAACCUCCUCAACAAAGCAAUAACAAUAAUAACAAUGAAUGCGGUAUCAGCACUAACACCAGCAACGUUAAUUUAUUAAUCGCUAAGGGAAUGAAAACGACGCCGGGGCAGUGGCCAUGGCUGGUGGCACUCUUCGUCGUCAAAAUCUCGUACGAGUUUCAAUGCGCCGGAUCCAUUCUGACCAACAAACACAUUAUAACAGCGGCGCACUGUUUCAAGCUGGACGCCCAGACCAAUAUACCUCCUAGUGCGAUGGUCGUAUCCUUGGGACGAUAUCGGCUGCGCGAUUUUCACGAAGCGGGAUCCGUGAAUAAAGAGAUUGAAAGAUAUACUAUACAUCCCAACUACCUCCACCAAGAAACCGGCGACUCCGAUCUGGCGAUUCUAGUUCUGAGGAACCCUGUUGAGUUUAGCCCUAGGAUUAGGCCUGCCUGCAUAUGGAAUGGCCCGAUCGAUCUCCAGAGUGCCGUUAAUAAGAUAGGAUAUGUCGUAGGAUGGGGUCGGGAUGAGUUUGGCCAUCCUCAUCUCGCGGAACCGCGAAUGGCGUUGGUGCCGAUAGUGAGUCAGGAGGUGUGUCUUUGGAGUGACUCGCGUUUCGUCAGCUUCACCUCGAAUCGCACCUUUUGCGCUGGCACGCUAGACGGCACCGGUCCUUGCAACGGUGACAGCGGAAGCGGGCUGGUGAUUUACGAUUCUACGACAGGCCGUUAUCAGCUGCGCGGCAUCGUUUCACGAUCGCUGUACGAUCGCGAUCGGAUGACCUGCGAUCUCAGUCAGUACGUCGUCUUCGUCGACGUGGCCAAAUACUUGCCCUGGAUUCAACAACAGAUCUCUACAUAAUAUACUCUCGUAGUCAUAGAUGUGUAAAAUGUGCUAGUCGACAAAGUUUUUUCUACAAUUUGUAUAGAAUUCUAGAAAAAAUAUGACGUAAGAAUUAGUGUUUUAUAUGAGUCUAAAAAUAUAUGUCUUAGACUUUUACAUUGAUCCCUCUUUCGAAUGCAUUUUUAUCGUGAUACUAGACCGAAAUGUGUAUGUACGUAAAAAUAAAUGUAGUUAUCAAAUAACGAAUCUAUUAAUAGAAAAGAUAUUAAGAUCGUAUUCACAUACGUCUGACAUAACUAUAGUAUACUCUCUUAUCAAUGUUUGUUUCAUUUUUCGCUAUACAUUUAUCUUUUACUUCUAUUAUCAAGUACAAAAAUAUUAAAUAGAAAUAAUGCUCAAAAUUUUCUAACAGGGACAUGUAAUUAAAUAUAAUUUAUAUAGCGCAAUACUCUUUGAUAUAAUAUGUG